GUUGGCCCCCCUGGUGGUCAAGGCAAGCGAGGACCUCGUGGUACCACUGGAGCUAUGGGAGCAAAGGGAUUCCCUGGCAGUCGGGGUCUUUCUGGGUCGCGUGGCACCUCUGGUCCUGAAGGUCCCCCUGGUCCCGUUGGUAUGCCAGGUGACCCCGGUCCUAUCGGACCAAUCGGUCAGAAAGGCCAUCCAGGCGACCCCGGUUCUGGAUCUCGUGGUAAACGUGGAGCUGAAGGUCCUGUCGGCGAACCUGGCCAGAAGGUAACUCCCUUUUCUAUAAUCGAUGAAAGAGCAUUCAGGGCUGAAGUUCUUGACUGUUCUAACUGUUGCUUUUUUUCUCUUCUUACCUUCUACACCGGUUCCAGGGUCCGAUUGGACCAAUGGGAAAACCAGGCAUUGGCGGUCCAGCUGGUCUGCCAGGUCCCCAGGGUCCUCAGGGCUCGGAAGGUCUGA